AUGACAGCUCCAAGCGGCUCGCAGCAUCAGGACACACAUGUCGCAGCUUAUGUCUGGGCUUUACCAAAUCUCCGUGCCAAAAUCCUGGAAUAUCUCCCUUCCAAGGCUCUCAUUACGACUUUGACACUCAAUAAAGAGAACUUAAGAUCUGCUGCGGAGAUAUUGUUUGCAAAGAUUCUAUAUCAUGAUUGUAUGAAAGUAGAGAAAGCCUGUACUUCCAUAUCCAGAACACGCUUAUACCUCUCGGCUGUCCGUCAUAUCGAUACUACCCCCCCAUAUCAAGAUACCAAUCGCGAUCGAACCCUUGACAGGUCCCCAUCUGAAGCUGUAUUAUUUGCGCGAUAUCCCCGAUUACGAUGGGUGACGUACGACUGCGAUACUUUGGAACUCGUCGAUCUCGACUCCUCGCCGCCCAGAUUCAUCCACCACAUAUUAUAUGACUUAAAGCCACAUUACGUUGAUGAUGACGACUUUCCACUCGAACGAGACGAGUUUCCUUUAGAUUGGGAUAUCACCUCGAUUAUUCGACACGUUCAGUUGAACAAUUGUGACGAGUUCGAUACAGAACGCAUUGCAUAUUCCGAGGUAUUCUUUCGCACCUGGCUCGAAAAGAGUGGUAUGUUCAAAAUACCGGUGAUACAGUUAGAAAUGGACUUUCUCGUUCCAUGUAAACGACUAUGCGAGGUGUUCUCAACAAUGUACCGGGAUCAUCACGAGAUGCCUAAAAGCAUUCGUCUUCGACCUGAAGAAGAAGCAGAAGGUCCCAACAUCAUCGACGUGAUAGAACAGCUGAGCUCGCUCGUGGAGAAAAUCGAUAUAAUGCCUCCUACAUCAACGGACAGAUCCAAGGUUAUCACCUCCAUCUAUGAUUUUUUCUCAUCUGGCCUCAAUUGGAGUUCCAUUCCUGAUCGGAAAAUCAAGGAUCUAAGUGUUCUGUUGCCGCUCACACCCAAGUCCGAUUGUUCCCUCCAAGAACUAGACAUCGCCUAUACUGGUCCACAUAUAGGUCUCACAAGUUUCUCGCUGACUUUGGAUGUACCGUCGGUUCAACCGAAUGCGGAUCCUAGUUCCAACGUCGGUUUGACGGAUCACGUGCCUUCUUUUUCCCAGAUUGCCAAAGCGAUGUAUUGCAUUGGAGGGACUGGAUGUCAGUAUAGCUUGAAAAUACAUGGUACGGAGGACAUGAAGACUACGAGUGAGAUCUGGACUAGCUUGUUGAGGAAAGAGAUCUGGGAAAUUAUCAGGAACGAAACGAAGCUCGUCGGAUGGAGACGCCUGAGGCUUGAAGAAAGGGUAUGA